AUGGCUUCCUUCCUUCGCUGGUAUGGCGUGAAGCUUGCUCAGCGCCCUAUGCUCACUCAGAGCAUUACCACUGCUGUGCUCUUCGCGACCGGUGAUACUAUGGCCCAGCAGGGUGUUGAGCAAGUCGGCUUGAAGAACCACGAUCUUGCACGUAGUGCACGCAUGGCACUCUACGGUGGAGGUAUGUGUUUAUUGACACAACACUCUGCACCAUCACUGACUGAAAUGGCACAGNCUGUCUUCGGUCCUCUUGCUACCACCUGGUUCGGCUUCUUGCAGCGCCGCGUUCGCAUUCCCAGCUCUCCCAACAUGGAGAUCCUUGCCCGUGUUGGUCUCGAUCAGACCGUCCUUGCCCCCACCAACUUGUUCGUCUUCCUUUCGUCAAUGGCUAUCAUGGAAGGUUCGGAUCCUCAGAAGAAGAUCGAGUCCACAUACUGGAACGCUCUCUCCAAGAACUGGAUGCUCUGGCCAUUCGUUCAGGCUGUGAACUUCAAGUUCGUUCCUCUUCAACACAGAGUCUUGGUCGUCAACGUUGUCUCAUUGGGUAUGUGCUGCUCCUUCUCAAUUCGCACAAGCUUUGCUAACAAGUCCAAGNGCUGGAACUGCUACCUCUCCUACCUUAACUCUACCGGCUCUCCCAUCCCCAAGGAUCUCCCUCCUUCAUAA